AGAUUGGAUAGGUAGAAGGUAGGGAUAGAAGAAUUAGGUUCGAUGUGGUUGAGUUGGCCGGUCGAGGACUGCACUUGAACGGCAGGCUCCUCCUUAUUCUUGGCGAUCCGUGCCGAUCAUCAUGGCCGAGUGGGCCAAGUUCAACGGCGAGGAGAAGCUGAGCCGAUCGUCUAGGAGGAAGGAGGAGGGGAACGGUGACUCGAGGGGAGGCGUGGAGGAGGCGAGCGCGGAGAAGAGGUGUUCCUCCUCGUUGAACAGAGCGGUCCAGGAGGCGAGCCCGGUUAGAACGGGAUCAGUGAAAGGUAGCGGUGAGGACGAGUCGGCGGCAGGGGGUAGGGGGAGCGGAUCGAGGCAGAGGAAGCAAAGUUCGGAUCGGAUCGGGAUCCUGUCCGAGGAGCGGUCGAAAUUGUGCAACGAUCAGAGCUACUACGUGAACUCGAUCGUGAUCGAGAGGGACGAGGAAAUUCGGAAUUGCCUGGAGGAGAGGGAGGGAGGGUUGGACGGUUACGAGGAGGCUGGCUCGAAGAUACGGGAGGAGGCGACGGAGUUGUCGAGGAACGAAUCGUCGUCCCGCAACUCGGUGAAAAAGCCGGACAGUUUGUACAGCAGCAGCAGCAACAACAACAACAACAACAACAACAACAACAACAAUAACAACAAGAAGAAGGAUAAGAUCGUGGCAAGCCCGGCCAAGCGUAAAAGCGUCUUCGCCGAGAGGAACUCGAUCUUCGCGUCCCCGACCAAGAUCCUGUCCAAGAAUCAAUCCUCGUCCCAGAAGAGCACGGAGAAAUUGGUGAACGGUAAGUUGCCGCGGGAGGACAGGCAACAGCAUCACGUGCAAUUCAACAAAGACUCGAAGAGGCAGCAGCAGGAUUCGAGGGAUUCGCAGAGGCCCCAGUCGAGCCCCUCGAUCCCACCCUCGACGACCAACAGCUCGGACGACAACUCGAGCCUUGGCCAAUUGUGCGAGGCGACUCCGCCCGACGGUGGUUGGGGAUGGGUGGUGGUCGCGGCUUCCUUCAUGGUGAAUCUGAUCGCGGACGGUAUCACGUUCUCGUUCGGUGUCAUAUACGUCGAGUUCCUCAAUUAUUUCGGCGAGGGUAAAUCGAAGACGGCAUGGAUAGGCAGCCUGUUCAUGGCGAUGCCGCUGUUGUCUGGCCCGGUGGCCAGCUUCCUCACGGACAGAUACGGGUGUCGGAGGGUGUCGAUAGCGGGCAGCAUCCUGGCCACCGCCGGCUUCGUGAUAAGCUCUUACGCAAACUCGAUGGAAGUUUUGAUAUUCACGUUCGGUGUUCUGGCCGGUUUCGGUUUGUCAUUGUGCUUCGUCGCGGCCGUGGUCAUAGUGGCGUAUUACUUCGACAAGAAGAGAUCGUUCGCCACCGGGUUGUCCGUAUGCGGAAGCGGUAUAGGGACGUUCAUAUUCGCCCCUGUUACCCAAUACCUGCUCGCCGAAUACGGUUGGCGGGGAACCACGUUGAUACUGGCCGGCCUGUUCCUCAAUCUGGCCGUGUGCGGUUGCCUGAUGAGGGAUCUGGAAUGGACGACGAUCAGGGCCAGGGCGAAGACCGAGGAACGGCGGAGGAAUCGGGAGAGGAAGAGGGGCAGGAUACAGAGCUCGAGCGUGGACUCGUUCUCCGCCAACAGCUCGCUAAACACUCUCACGAUCAUGGAUAAUCUUCGGAUCCAGGAGAAGGAGGAGGACGACGAAAAGCUGUUUUCCAGCCUGGUCAGCCUGCCCACGUUCGUGAAGAACAGCGAGAAGGUGCCGUUGGAGGUAUUGGAGCUUCUGAGCACCCGUAAGAACGUGUACAACGUGUUGCUGCAAAAUUAUCCGAGCUUGCUCAUCUCCUCGAGAAGUUUCAGCGAUUCCGGCCCCCUUCACGACCAGCUCAGCACACCCUCGGCCAGAUUCGUGCCCACGCCCAGCUCCCUGUCCGAGUUGAAGAGCGAGGAGAACGCGAGGGAGGAGAAGGCGUUGGCCAACGACGAGCAAACUCUUCGACAGCAAACGGACGCGGCAUGGCGGCUCUGGUGGUCGAAGAAGAUCAAUCUGGACAGCUCGUUGAGAAGAUCCAGCACGCUCGACCAUACCAGGAGAUUGCCCACCGCUUAUUUGAAGGAUAUCAGAGUGCACAGGCACAGCCUUACCUACAGGGGCGCUAUGCUCAAUAUAAAUCGAUACAGGCUCAGGGCGUCCAGUUGUCCGGAUAUUUAUAGGAACUCGAUGACCACCAUAGCAAAGACCAAGCUCGUGUGGUACGCGGGCCUGUGGGAAUUCUGGGACCUCGUAGUCGACAUGCUCGAUUUCUCCCAUUUCGCCGACUCCCGCUUCUUGCUCUUCGCCAUCAGCAAUUUCCUCCUUCACACCUGGUACGACGUCCCGUACGUCUACUUGACGGACAACGCGAUCGAGAUGGGUUUCAGCGAAACCGACGCGUCCAUCUUGAUAUCGGUUAUAGGGAUAUCCAAUAUGAGUGGUGAGAUUCUCCUCGGUUGGGCAGGCGACAAAGCAUGGGUAAACGCUUCCAUCGUAUACGCAGUGUGCAUGGCCCUCUGCGGUGCAGUGACAGCUUUAAUACCUAUGGUAGUUGGCAAUUACUAUGCUUUGUGCGCAAUCUCUGGUGCUUUUGGAUUAUUCAUCGGAGCAAAUUAUAGUCUUACCAGCAUCAUCCUCGUCGAACUGAUCACGCUCGAAAGAUUUACAAACGCGUACGGCCUUUUGCUUUUGGUUCAAGGUGUUGCCAAUCUCAUGGGCCCUCCAUUGGCUGGUUGGCUUUACGACAUCACAGGCACCUACGAUCUGUCGUUUUAUUUGGCCGGUUUCUUCAUUGCGUUGAGCGGAGUUCUGUUGCUGGCCAUGCCUUUGAUUAGCCUCUAUCGAAAAUGUUUGAACGGAUCGAGGAAGGAAGAGACGGAUAAGGAUUUCGCGAACAUGAACAGAGUUUGAACAAACGGCGACUAGUAUUAAAGAUGAUUAUACUCGAGAAAACUAUGAUAACGAUGUACAUCGAUAUAUUAUCAAUUCAACGGAAUUUAUGGAAACAUAACACUUCCAAGCAAAAGGAAUUGCAAUUAGCACCUGUACAAUUAGUUUUACAGCGGUAUUUUUUACCCGCAAUACGUGUUAAAAUCAGUCGCGUGUUUUACAUUCAAUUAAACGUUCGUGGUUCCUUCAUAGAAUAGCGUAUACACGAGUUGAUUAACAACAAUUAAGCUCGACAAUUAAGUGAUUCAUCUAAAAGAAAAGAAAAGAAAAGAAAAGAAAAUAAAAAAAAAGAAAGAAAGAAGGAAAAGAAAUAACGUUUUUUGAGAUAUCUUCUUUCAUUAAGGAUUUAUAUAUCCUUUAAGUUUCGCGCGUAAUAUCUUUAAACAGAUCGAUCGAUUUAACGAUGUAAAAAUAAGCAAGAUCUAUUGUUGAUAACGAAGAUAAUGUUACGAAUAAUCUGACAAGAAUUAUGUCGAUACGUAAAUUGAUCGAAUUGCGAAUGAAUUCCAUAUAAUCGCCGUUAACAUUUUGCGAUAUUUACAUAAAUCUUGUAUUCACUUUAUAUUCACCGAACUCAAUAAUCAUACUAACGAUGGUAUUACACAAGAGUUGGACAAAAACGUUGCCAACUUCUCAAAGUUGAAAAUAUUGAUAAUCGUUGAAAUAAUAAUGAAUAAAAAAAAAAAAAGAAUGUAACGGAGGAACAGAAGUUUAUGAUUAGAUAGUAAAUCGAUAUCACAAUAAAAGUAAUAUCAAUUAAAAUAAGAUAAUGCUUGCUUUAGCAAUAAAGUGCACAGACUUUGCGAAUCGUUUCUAACGUUAAGCGUGAUCGAUAAUUAAGAAAAGUUUGAAUCUCAGGAUAAUAGAUAAAUGAUAAAAGCGAUAAUUUAAUAAACGGUCAACCAGUCUUUACUCCUCUAGGAUUAAACGAAAUUCGUCUUGUACUUUUUCACGAUACGUUCUCAAAGGAAAAAGUAAGAGGGAAAAGAAGAAAAAAAAAAAAAAAAAAACAACGUUCCUUUUUACGUAUAAACUUUUUCAUUCAAUUAUACGUAUAAAAUUUGACAAGUUAUUUCCAAAUAACGCCAAAGAUAUCAUUGUAAAUAUAAGUCAUGCGAUAUAUAGUCAACAACAUAUGUUAAAAAUAUAUUAGUUAAAUAAUCACGUUAUUUUGUUGAUUUUCUUAUGUCGUUUAAUUAUCUUGAUAACCAGAAGUCGCCUUCACAUUUCAAUUAACGUGUGUUUAAUUUUAUGCCUACAUUUGUAUUAAUUUUGUCGAUCGAAUAGACAAAAAGCGAGAUUAAUCGAACAACGCAAAUUAAGUGUAAUCGAUUAGCCGUAUCAAUUUAUUUACCAUUUUCUUUCCUUUAGAUUCACGUGCAUUUGUGCAUGCAAAAUUUUUAAAGAUAUAUAUGUAAAUAGGCGUAUAUGUAUAUAAUAUAUAUAUAUGUAUAUAUAUAUAUUAUAUAUAUAGCUUUUCUGUGAUGAUGAACCUGAAUUUUAUGAACUUUCCGAGCUACAAAUAGGUUAAUACCUCCGUUUCCAUAGCGUGUGCGUGCGUGCGUGUAUUAUUAAUUCUAACGAUGCAUUUCCAAUUUAUUUGCACCACUAUUAUAUCGUAUAGUCUACCAACAUCAUACAGUCAUACACGAAUAUUAUAAUUAUAAUUCUUCCUCAACCGACGCAAUUUAUUUAUCGAGAUAUUAAUUAUUAAUCAUUAGAAUUGGAAUAUUACAAUUUCUUAAAUCGUGUGUUAUUUUAAAUGUUCGAUCGAGUUAAGCACGAAUAAAUCGAAGAUUAAUAUUAAAAUUGAUAAGAAAAAAAAAAAAAUCGAAAUGCGUGCAAUUCCUCCGAUAUAACCUAAUUUUCUAAAAAAGUCACUCGUACAUUCGAACAAGUUAGUUUUCAGAAUUUUUACUUAGAACACACACUUGUGACUGUACGGGGCCUUCACACGAGAGAAAAAUUUCAAAAGUAUAUUUUCUUCGAAUAAAUAUACAAAAGGAAAAAAAAAAAAAAAAAAAAAAAGAAAAUCCAUUCUUCGAUAUUUAAGAAAAGGAAAACAGAUAUCUAUGUAUGAAUUACUUGUUUAUCCUUGCGUCUUAAUAUAUCUACGUAUAUACAUAUAUAAAUCUAUCGGCACGUUUUGCCAAUUCGAGUAAUAAUUUAUUCUUUCAUGGUACAAUAACUAGUUCUACAGUGCAUGUGCUCGCGUUAUGGUAGCGUGAUUAUGCAUACGCGGCCUUACAGGCGUUUACGAGAUGUAAUAAAAGUAAUAUUUUAUUAUGGAGACGAAAAACUGCAUUUCAAAUAUACCGAAAAACCGAGUCGUGUGUGACUUUCGUCGAGUAGCUAUUAAGUAGUUAUUAAGACGAGGUAUAUGGGAUAAUAAUUUUUUUGUAAAAGGACUAGUGAGAACUUCUAUAUUAUAUUUGUGAAAGCGGAGCGAAUUUACGUCUAACGUAUAUACGAGGUUUUAAAAUGCAUGUUUUUGUUCAAGCGAACGAGAGGAUACGUUUCCAUACGUGACGAAAGACGUUUUGAGAAUUUAAUUAAAAUUGGUGAUAAGUGUGUCCACCAAGUGUGUCUUAAAUGUUAAAUUUCCUUCUCAAAGAUUUCUCUUGUUGACUGUUAUAACUCAAUAACCGGAACGUUCUCACUACCUCUUUAUUAAUAAGAUAUCCUAUUAUCCACGGUUGAUAACCUUGAAACAAUCGCUUAAACCGUUUGAAAGUGGCUUAAAGUCUACGCAGAAAGAAAA